CGAUAUAUACCGCAGAUAACAGGUGCAACCCAGGUCCCCGGUUGGAGGAUUGUCGAGCGACCGCUGGUGAAAUCUGAAAAACGGGCGCCUGACUUGUGGAUUAUUUCUCCCCGGAUCUCUUUUUCUUCAGCCUCUCGUUUUCUGUUAUUGACAUUAUCCUGCUUGGGCAGUAAGCGACUCUGAUGUCGGCACCCGGUGACCUCAGCAGCAUCCUGACCAGCGCCAACUGGGCUAUGUAUCGGACGGGAGCGGAAGAACCCCCACCUGGACAAGGUGUCAGAGCCGUCCUGACCGACACACACUACUCAGCGGAUCCGCUGGGGCAGCUCAGCUGGUACCACCUCGCCCCUCAGCACUGGACGACGCAUCACGUUCUCGACUGGAUCAGCUGCAAUGCGGAGGAGAGCAAAUUGGACGCCAGGCCUCUGAACUUUAACGGUACCGAAGACGCAAGCAUGACUUCGGAUCUCCUCGGCGACCUCUGGGAAGACGUCCCCGACUUUCUGAAGAGUUCGGGAUGCGAUGACUACAGCCUUCUCAGAACCGUCAUCGUUCAGGAUGACCGACAGAGCAAUGUUGAUAUCUAUCUAGAUGGGUUCAGAAGUAUGGGAGACAUGACGCCCCAAAGCGACAAUGGCUACGAGUCAGGGUCUGCGUCACUGGACAGCUCUAGUGCAGGAACCCUACGAAUGCCAAGCUCUCCAGAGUCUGGUGGAUCCGACUGUGAAUUGGAGUUCCUCAACGUACAGCUUCCAAGCCCUGAAGACGACAUCAAGGCCAAGAGAGAAGAGGAGAAACCACAUAAGCGAGGCCGAGGAAGACCCAGAAAACUCAGCUGUGGCCUGGGACCAUUUCCGGAGACAAAAAACAAACACUCACCUCGAGGAUCGCAUCUCUGGGAGUUUAUCCGCGACAUCCUGAUCCACCCAGAACAGAAUCACGGUCUGAUGAAAUGGGAGGACCGAAAGGAGGGCGUCUUCAAAUUUCUUAAGUCCGAGGCUGUGGCCCAGCUCUGGGGUCAAAAGAAAAGGAACAGCAGCAUGACAUAUGAGAAGCUGAGUCGUGCCAUGAGGUACUACUACAAGCGAGAGAUUCUGGAAAGGGUGGAUGGCCGGCGCCUGGUGUACAAAUUUGGGAAGAACUCGAGUGGGUGGAAGGUGGAGGAAACGGGGCUUGCACAGUGACGGGUUCCAUGGAAAAUGCAAAAUGUACACGGAGACCCAGUUGUCUCAAAAAAGGGAUCCGUUGAUUCCUUUUGGUACAAAGACUCAUCUGCUUCCAUCUUCUCAUGUGAAGGGGAGGUGCUGCAAAAGGAUGUAAGCCAAUGUGUUGGCUAAAGUAGGUUGUAUGAACCAAUAAUAAUACCGUGUUUGUGUUGUCUUUAUUAUUAUAUGAAUGGCUUUUGUCACAAUCAUACUUUUUAUAUGUCAGGUCUUGACACCGAUGACAAUACAGCUUUUUUGUGUUUGCUCCAUUCUCUCCAUGGCUCUCCUAUUACAGUGCUUCGCCUGUAUGUAUUUUGUCGUCUUAGUGAUCAUUUGUUUCCUGGCUUUCCUACUCAUUCAGAUGAGUUGUCAUAGAAGGUAAGGAAAGGCUUUGAAGGAAGGAGACACCACGAUUACGUUAAUUUCAAAAUGAAGUUAGGUAACUUUGCAAGUUGUACAGUUACACAAUUGUCUCAAUCAAUUAUAUGAUAAGUGCUGUACAUAAGAACUAAAUUAAUUGCCUUUUAAUUGAUUGCUUGUUUUGCGAAAGAUUGAACACCCGAUAUUCAGCUGGUCUGUUAUGUUUCGUUUUUUCUUCAUAUAUUAGACACACUGUGUGAGAAAAAUAAAUUGAUGGGCUAUGCAUACAUACAAUGUGUGCAAUAAUGCCAUUGUACAGUUCAGGUUUUCUAAUAAAGAAA